CCAUUUACACCAACCAAAAUAGUACUUCUCUUCCUACUCUUCCUUUGCAAUUAUUCAUCUAACUUUAUCAACCCCACAAGUACGUUUUUAGCUUUCUUUUGCUCAUAUAUCUCUUUGCAAUUAUGCAAAUAUAAUGAGUCAUUCAUCUUAAGGUGUAUACAAUAGCUCCACAAAAAACAUGAUAAUUGAAGAUAGCCAAAUUAAAGACCAACAUGUGCAAGAUAAUAACCAUGGGAGUAACAAUAGUUCAGGUACGAAUUCAGAUGAACUCAGUUUUCGAAACCUGUCAAAGCUCAUUCUACCUCCUCUUGGUUCCAAUGAUUACAACCAGAAUCAAACUCAGCAGAAAGGCAAGAUCAUCACCCCUAUGGAUUCAAGAUACAGGUGUUGGGAGACGCUAAUGGUAGUAAUGGUGGCGUAUUCUGCAUGGGUAUGUCCAUUUGAGAUAGCAUUCAUGCACUCCAACCCAAACAGAGCGCUCUACUUCGCAGACAACGUUGUUGAUCUCUUCUUUGCUGUUGAUAUCAUCUUGACAUUCUUUGUUGCCUAUAUUGAUACUACUACUCAGCUUCUCGUACGUGACAGGAGAAGAAUUGCUACAAGAUAUAUAUCUACAUGGUUUAUGAUGGAUGUUGCCUCAACCAUACCAUUCGACCUUCUUGCCUUGAUUUUCACUGGCAAACACCAAAUUGGUAUUUCUUACUCAGUUCUAGGAAUGCUCAGGUUUUGGCGUCUUCGCAGGGUUAAACAGUUUUUUACCAGACUUGAAAAGGACAUGAGAUUCAGCUAUUUUUGGGUCAGAUGUGCCAGGCUUCUAUUUGUUACACUAUUGACAGUGCACUGUGCUGGUUGCCUCUACUAUUUGCUAGCUGACAGAUAUCCACACCAAGGAGAUACUUGGUUAGGAGCUAUGAAUCCAAAUUACAAGGAGACAAGUCUUCUUAUUAGGUACAUUGCAGCUUUAUAUUGGUCUAUUACUACCAUGACAACAGUUGGCUAUGGUGAUCUCCAUGCUGUCAACACUUUGGAAAUGGUUUUCAUCAUUUUCUACAUGCUCUUCAAUCUUGGCCUCACUGCUUAUAUUAUUGGUAAUAUGACCAAUUUAGUCGUUGAAGGAACUCGUCGUACCAUGGAAUUCAGAAAUAGCAUCGAAGCUGCAUCAAAUUUCGUGUGUCGAAAUAGGUUGCCUCCAAGAUUGAAAGAGCAAAUAUUGGCUUAUAUGUGUUUAAGAUUCAGGGCAGAGAGCCUAAACCAGCAGCAAUUGAUUGAACAACUUCCCAAGACAAUCUGCAAAAGCAUUAGGCACCAUUUGUUUUUGCCAACAGUGGAGAAGGUUUAUCUUUUCAAGGGUGUCUCAAGGGAAAUUCUGUUACUUUUGGUUGCAGAUAUGAAGGCUGAGUACAUACCCCCAAGAGAGGAUGUAAUAAUGCAAAACGAAUCGCCAGAUGAGGUAUACAUCAUAGUGUCAGGGGAGGUGGAAAUGAUUGAGUGUGAGAUGGAAAAUGAGCAGGUUGUUUGGACAUUCAAAUCUGGAGAUAUGUUAGGAGAAGUUGGGGCAUUUUGUUGUAGGCCUCAGAGCUACACGUAUCGAACCAAGACACUUUCACAACUCUUGAAGAUAAGAACAACUUCUUUGAUUGAAGCAAUGAAAACUAGACAAGAAGAUAAUAUCAUAAUGAUCAAGAACUUCCUUCAGCAUCACAAGAAGCUCAGGGAUUUAAAGCUUGGAGAUUUAUUUCAUGAAGUUGGGGCAGAAAAUGGUGAUCCAAACAUGUCUGUUAAUUUGCUAACUGUUGCUAGUACAGGUAAUGCUACUUUUCUUGAGGAACUUCUCAAGGCAAGAUUAGAUCCUGAUAUCGGAGACGCCCAAGGAAGAACUCCACUGCACAUAGCAGCAUCGAAAGGGCACGAAGAGUGUGUAAUGGUUCUUCUUAGACAUGGAUGUAACAUACACCUCCGAGAUGUAAAUGGUAACACCGCGUUGUGGGAAGCUAUAGCAGAAAAACAACAUCCAACAUUUCGGAUAUUAUACCAUUGGGCUUCUGUCUCCGAUCCCUAUGUUGCUGGUGAACUCUUAUGCACAGCAGCUAAGAGAAAUGACUUAACAGUGAUGAAAGAACUCCUAAAACAUGGAUUAAUAGUUGACUCAAAAGAUCGCCACGGAUCAACUGCUAUCCAUGUUGCAUUGGAAGAAAAUCAUGAAGACAUGGUAAAGCUACUUCUAAUGAAUGGAGCCGAGAUUAAUGAUAAAUUUAAGCACAAGCUUUCUUCGAUGAACCUAAGCGAGAUGCUGCAAAAACGAGAAGUAGGGCACAGGGUUAUAGUCUCCGACACAAUGGAUGAAGUUGCUCAAAAGUGGCGCGAACAAGAGCAGAAGUACAACUCGGGAAGUACUAGGGAUCAAUCAUCUUUUAGAGUUAGCAUAUACAAAGGCCAUCCUGUGAUCAGAAAAAGAACUCAUUGCAGUGAACCUGGGAAAUUAAUUAUUCUUCCAAAUUCACUUGCAGAGCUCAAGAUCAUUGCAGGUCAGAAAUUUGGAUUUGAUGCAACAAAUGCAUUGGUGACAGAUCAAGAAGGAUCAGAAAUUGACUCUAUUGAAGUGAUAAGAGAUAAUGAUAAGCUAUUUAUAGUUGAAGAUCCAAAAUGCUUGUAGCAAUACCUAUUGUGACACUUAAAAGUGUCUUGUUCACAUGCAAAACUUGGAUCUCAGAGAUAUUCAACCCCUUCCCCAUUUGUGUGGCAUGUUGAGCCACUAAGUUAUUACAGUGGACAAUCUACAGAUGGGAUCAAAAGGUUGAUAUUAUGUGUGUUGGGCCAUGAAAUGAAAUACUUUGGUUGGUGACAAACUGAAAAAUACCUUAGUGGAUUUGAUGGAUCUGAGUGCCAACCUUGACCUGAUAUAACCCCACAAUCCACAUACUAAAAGUUAAGGAUGAUAAGGAAACUUAGUACUACUACUUCCUUCUAUUCAAAUGUCAAUCACUGGAUUCUGAAAAUCUUUUAGAUUUUGUGUCAA